AUGAAGCUGAUUUCUACCGUCACCGCCACCUUGCUCGUCUUCACCAAUGCUGCAAGCGCUGGCCAAUGUGUAGCUGGCUUGAACUACUGCGGAAGUACUUUGGUCGAUGGCGGAUACCAUGACAUUAUACAACAAACUCUCCGAAACUCUGGUGAAAUUGUUCUUUCAAACUCGCCGGGCGUCUGGUGGGGCACUUACUGGAAGUGCAAUCCUGGCGGCUCAAUUACCUAUCUCGGAGGUUGUGCCGGUGGUUGUAUCGAUGCCGGAGCUGGCAAAAGUGACAUCUGCAACCAUGACGCGUCCGAUUGGCUAUAA